AUGGCGGAGCGGGGGUGCCGGGGAGCUGCCGCCAGCCGCCUCCCGCCUUCUGCCCCAGCGGGAGGCCGGAGCCGCUGCGCGCUCCGGGGAGCGGCCAGGCGGGCGCGGGCGCGGGCGCGGAGCCGCCUCCAGCCGCGCACGACGCAGGGCAGCCGCCGCCGCUCCACCUGCUGGUCCCGACGCCGCGCCCCGCCCCGCCCGGCUCGGCGCGGUUUGGCGCGCUCCGCUCCGGCACCGGCCGUAGGGCUCGCCUUGCCAGCCGAGUUGCAGCUGAACUCUGGGUGCUUUCUGCAGCACCUGCAUUCAGAUGCAGCGCAGUGCCUGUUGUCAGUAAGAAAUGCCGUGGCCCUGGCAGAGUAUUUCCAGCUCCUGGACAUUCAUCUGCAUUUUUAUUGCUUUCUCUGUCAUGUGAGCAACCAGAAUAAGGACCAGAUCAUGCUGCUGUUCAACUUGCUGGACUGAAACACCAUGGGGAGGACUUGCUUUAAUGAGUUCUACAUGGAGGUGUGCAUCCUCCUGUGGAUCCUGGAGUCGAUACAGGGACAUUGGCACCAUCCAACAACUCUGUAAAGGAAAUCAGCCCACUGGAGCUGAUCUUUAAUCAUGGCAUACAAGGGAUGGAGAGAGUCCCUGAAUCUGUGCUGCUGCAUAGAAAAAGAAAGCAGGGAUGUGAGUAGUCCUAGCUUUAAUAACAACCUUGCUUCUCUGGGAUCUAAACCUGAAUCUUGUGCCAGGUAGGAACCAUCUAAGCAUUUAAGCAUUCUUCCCAGC